UUCGAAAAUGACGCCAUUUUUGAUGACAUUUUUUUUGGAUUUGUGAGUCAAGAGCAUCCGCGAAAAAUCGUAAUAAACUGUGAAAACCGAACAUAAUUGACCCAAAACAAUGUGAAAAUGGUGCAUUCAGCUUUUCUCCAGUUUAUAGAAGUGGAAAACUUUAAGUCCUAUCGUGGCAAAGUCACGAUUGGGCCGCUCAAAAAGUUUUCCGCCGUUAUCGGUCCUAAUGGUUCGGGUAAAUCCAACUUCAUGGAUGCCAUCAGUUUUGUGAUGGGAGAAAAGACAACCAGCUUGCGGGUCCGAAAGUUAAAUGAGUUGAUUCAUGGUGCUUCAAUUGGGCGCCCAAUUUCCAAUCGAGCAUAUGUUACGGCCAAAUUUGUUAUAACCGAUAAAAACGGUGAUCAAGAGCAAAAAAGUUUCCAACGUUCAGUCAUCGGAUCUUCAUCGGAAUAUCGCAUAAACGGAAGUGUUGUGGCUUCCAAUACGUAUCUUCAAGAGCUAGAGCAGGUCGGUAUCAAUGUGAAGGCGAAAAAUUUCUUAGUUUUCCAAGGAGCGGUAGAAAGCAUAGCCAUGAAAAACGCUAAGGAACGCACAGCACUUUUUGAAGAAAUAAGUGGUUCUGGUUUGUUAAAGGAAGAGUACAACAAAUUGAAGCAUGAGAUGCAGAUGGCCGAAGAAGAAACACAGUUCACUUAUCAGAAGAAAAAAGGUAUCGCUGCUGAGAGAAAGGAAGCCAAGUUGGAAAAACAAGAAGCUGAUCGCUAUGCUCGAUUGAGACAAGAGUUUGCUGAAAAACAAGUACAAUAUCAGCUGUACAGGCUAUAUCAUAACGAGCAGGAAAAGAAACGUUUGAAUGAAGAUCUUCAAAGCAAACAACAGGAGCUUGCCUCGGUUGAAAAAAAGAAGGAAGAAGCCGAUGAAGUGCUUAAAGAGAAGAAAAAGGAAGCAGGCAAGAUAGCCCGGGAGUUGGCCAAACAUGAACAAGAAAUUCGAGAAGUUGAAAGCGAAAUGAGCAAGAAACAUCCUAUGUUUAUAAAAGCUAAAGAAAAAGUUGCUCAUACGCAAAAGAAACUGGAUGCCGCUAUGAAAACGUUGGAGCAAGCUCGCAAAGCUGACGAAGCACAUCAGGCAGAUAUUAAAAAACUGGAAGAUGAACUGGCUGCCGUCGAAAAUAAGGUAAAGGCGUUUGAAGACGAAAUCGCCGGUGACUCCAAAAAACGGGGAAGUAACAUACAUUUGGAGAAGAAUUUAGUUAUGGAAUAUGACCGUUUAAAACAAAAGGCUGACGCUACCUCGGGAAAAUAUUUGAUUAAACUUGACUCAGUCAAUCGUGAGCAAAAAUCAGAUCAGGACUUGUUGGAUAGCGAGAUUAACAAAAAAGCUCAAAUUGAAGAAAACUACAAAAAAUAUGAUUGCGAGAAAAACGAAGCUGUUAAGCGCCAAGAUAAACUGAUUGAUCACAUAAAAUCGAGUAAACUUGCACUGGAAGAACAAAACCGUCUUAAACAGGAACUUAGUCAAGAUGUCGGCUCAUCGAAGGAGCGUAUCCUGGAGCUACAAACCGAGCUGGAUGAUGUACGUGAGCAGUUGGGUGACGCAAAGAUAGAUAAACAUGAAGAUGCGCGACGUAAAAAGAAACAGGAGGUUGUGGAAUUGUUCAAGCAGGAAGUUCCAGGCGUUUACGAUCGUAUGAUCAAUAUGUGUCAACCGACGCACAAACGUUACAACGUUGCCGUUACCAAAGUGCUUGGAAAGUACAUGGAAGCCAUCAUAGUUGAUACAGAGAAAACUGCUCGUCGUUGCAUUCAAAUUCUGAAAGAAAAAAUGUUGGACGUGGAAACCUUUUUGCCGCUGGAUUACCUUCAGAAAAAACCUUUAAAGGAAAGACUUCGUAAUAUUGAAGAACCACGUAAUGUGAAGCUGAUUUAUGAUGUGCUAAAAUUCAACCCUCCGGAAAUUGAACCAGCUGUCCUGUUUGCCACUAACAAUGCUCUAGUUUGCGAAACACCCGACGACGCCAUGAAAGUGGCUUAUGAGAUCGAUCGCAGUCGUUACGAUGCGUUGGCGUUGGAUGGAACUUUCUAUCAAAAGUCGGGUAUCAUUUCGGGUGGUAGUCACGAUCUAGCCCGAAAAGCCAAACGAUGGGAUGAAAAGCAUAUGGCACAGCUUAAGGCUCAAAAGGAACGCAUCAUGGACGAGCUUAAAGAAGUCAUGAAAAAAACCAGACGCCAAGGAGAGUUGACAACGGUUGAAAGCCAAAUUCGUGGACUGGAGAAUCGUCUCAAGUACAGUCAAAACGAUCUAGAUGCCUCGAAGAAAACCAUCAAAGAUUAUGAUAAAAAACUAGAACAGUUGCAGCGUGAAUUAGACCAGGUCGGACCGAAAGUUAGUGAAAUCGAGCGCCGCAUGCAACAGCGAGAUUUGAAAAUCCAAGAAAUAAAGGAAAAAAUGAAUAAUGUUGAAGAUGACGUAUAUGCUGAAUUCUGUACUCGUAUCGGAGUUGCAAAUAUUCGUCAGUUUGAAGAACGUGAGCUGGUGUUGCAACAGGAGAGGGCCAAAAAGCGAGCAGAGUAUGAACAACAAAUUGAUAGAAUCAAUAAUAAUUUGGAGUUUGAAAAAUCUAAGGAUACUUCGAAAAAUGUUCAACGUUGGGAAAGAGCUGUUCAGGAUGACGAAGAUUCAUUGGAAACAUUCAGGCAAACAGAAAUUCGCCAUAGACAAGAAAUUGAAAAGGAUAAAGAACGUAUUGAACAAAUGAAAACAGAUAAAAAUAUUAAAAAAGGUGCCGUUGAUCAAAUGGAGGAGGAAAUGGCGAAAUGUCGACGAGAUGUUCAACAGCAGGCAAAAGAACUUGCCGUUGUUAAUCAACAUGUUUCCACCAUAGAAUCCAAAAUUGAGAGUAUGAAAAACAAGCGCCACAAUUUGUUGAUGAGCUGCAAAAUGGACGCAAUUGAAAUUCCAAUGAAACGUGGUACUAUGGACGAUAUAGCUCAACAGAAUUCGGAUAAUCAAUCAGAAACUACACCGCUAAGUACGAUUUAUGAACGAGAAAGCCGAAUAGAAAUCGAUUACAGUUCACUUCCAAAAAAUCUCACAAAUCCUACCGAAGCCGAUCAAAUAAAAAAGAUUGGAGAUGGUUUGGCUAAAGAAUUGCAAUCGAAGUUGGAUACUCUCGAAAAAAUUCAAACUCCUAACAUGAAGGCAAUGCAAAAGCUUGACCGAGUUACAGAAAAAAUUCAAAGCACUAAUGAAGAGUUUGAAGCUGCUCGUAAGAAAGCCAAAAAAGCUAAAGGUGCUUUCGAGAAAAUAAAAAACGAGCGUUGCACACUGUUUACCAAUUGUUGUAAUCACAUUUCUGACGCGAUAGAUGGCAUAUAUAAACAACUGGCUAGGAACGAAGCCGCUCAAGCCUACCUUGGUCCGGACAAUCCUGAAGAGCCGUAUUUAGAUGGCAUAAAUUAUAACUGUGUCGCGCCCGGUAAACGGUUUCAGCCGAUGAGUAAUUUAAGCGGUGGUGAAAAAACUAUUGCCGCACUUGCUCUUCUAUUUGCUAUUCACAGUUUCCAACCUGCACCGUUCUUUGUAUUGGAUGAAAUAGAUGCUGCCCUGGAUAAUACCAAUAUUGGCAAGGUGGCUUCCUACAUUCGAGAAAAAUGCACUAAUUUGCAGACAAUUGUAAUUUCACUGAAAGAAGAAUUCUACAGCCACGCCGAUAUUUUAAUCGGGAUCUGCCCUGAACCAGCCGAGUGUUUGGUGUCCCAAGUAUUAAUCUACGAUUUGGAGCAAUUUCAAGAAAGUUAAUGGACACAAGUUCUCAAGCGAUUAUUUAAUAUUUUAAUAUUGAACAUGUUUAACCAACAAAAUAAUAUUAAAUACAAUAACUUUUAGAUGUA